CCAAAAAUCGCUUCACAGCCCAGCGCCGUUUUUGGGGGCUUGCUCUGUGCUCCUCAGAAGCUAACGUUAGCUAGCAAGCUGUCAAGCUGUCUAGUGGAGAGGCUGGGACAGACGUUUCAGCUCCCCCCCCUGGCUUGGCCACUCAAAGCUCCAGCCCUCAAAUUCCCACGACAGUAUUUUAGAAUAUUCUUUAGAUUGCUAGCUGAGAUAAUGUAAUGCAUCACGAGCGCACGCCAAGAGGGAGCUCCGCACUUAAACUAUUUACAUGCACUGAGUCUUGAGUGACGAUUGCUCAUUGCUAGCUCAGUGGCUAGCUAGCCUAGCUAAACCGCUACAAAGCCCCUAGUUUCGUCGGUGUACGUCUCUGGUGUGAACUGUUGCCAGUCAGUCCUAGUCACUGUCGCAGCUGUCAACCGGUGUUUUGGAUAUUUGGUCUUAAUAGGGACGCAAUGGGUGCAUUUCUGGACAAACCAAAGAUGGAGAAAUACAAUUCCUGUGGUGAGGGUAACAACCUGAGGUACGGGCUGAGUAGCAUGCAAGGCUGGCGGGUAGAGAUGGAAGAUGCACACACAGCGGUAAUUGGUUUGCCUCAUGGUCUCAACCACUGGUCAUUCUUUGCUGUUUAUGAUGGCCAUGCUGGCUCUCAGGUGGCCAAAUACUGCUGUGAGCACCUGCUGGAGCACAUCACCAGCAACUCAGACUUCCAGAGUGCUCUGCAGGAGGACCCCUCUGUGGAUCGUGUGAAGAACGGGAUCCGCACAGGGUUCUUGCAGAUUGAUGAACACAUGCGAACCAUCUCCGAGAAGAAGCAUGGUGUAGACCGCAGUGGCUCCACUGCAGUGGGAGUGAUGAUUUCUCCGAGCCAUAUCUACUUUAUCAACUGUGGAGACUCACGGGGACUCCUCAGCCGGGGUGGAGCUGUGCACUUCUUCACACAAGAUCACAAACCCAGCAACCCUUUGGAGAAGGAAAGGAUCCAGAAUGCCGGUGGCUCAGUCAUGAUCCAGCGAGUUAAUGGGUCCCUUGCUGUGUCUCGGGCUUUGGGAGAUUUCGACUACAAGUGUGUGCAUGGAAAAGGCCCAACAGAGCAGCUUGUGUCUCCUGAACCUGAAGUUUAUGCAAUAGAGAGAUGUGAGGGGGAAGAUGAGUUCAUUAUACUAGCAUGUGAUGGCAUCUGGGAUGUCAUGGCCAAUGAGGAACUGUGUGACUUUGUCAGGUCAAGACUAGAGGUGACAGAUGAUCUUGAAAGAGUCAGCAAUGAAAUUGUUGAUACCUGCUUGUACAAGGGAAGCCGUGACAAUAUGAGUGUUGUGUUAAUCUGCUUUCCCGGGGCCCCAAAGGUAUCUCCAGAAGCAGUGAAAAAGGAGGCGGAGCUGGAUAAAUAUCUGGAAGGCAGAGUAGAAGAGAUCAUCAAAAAGCAGGGGGAUGAAGGUGUCCCAGAUUUGGUCCACGUUAUGCGGACGUUAGCAUCUGAGGCCAUCCCUAACCUCCCCCCAGGAGGGGAACUGGCAAGCAAACGAACUGUUAUUGAAGCGAUGUACAACAAACUCAACCCAUGCCGAAGUGAUGACACAGACUCUGCGUCCACAGACGACAUGUGGUAACACAACCUCCUACCACUAACACAACAUAGAGUUUACAAACCACCAUCCUCUCAAGACCCACAGCAGCUCAGCUCAGCAGUCUGUCUCUUCGUCACUCUGAGCUUUUGGUUUCUAAGAAGGGAAUUUCAUGGGAGGAGGAAGAGGAGGAGCAGGAGGAGAAGGAGGAACAGGAAGAGGAGUUGCAUGCACACAAACCUGGAAUAAUGCAGCACCAGUCCACUCUGGAGUUCAGGAUCCCAACUGUCUUGUCUCACCUUUAUGUUCACCCAUCUUAAUAAUCUCCUCUAAAGUAAUCCAUAACAAGUCCACAAGGUCUUCUUUCUUUUUGUUCAGUAAUCAGCUUAAGUAGUGAGAUAUAUUUUUUGUUUUUUUUUGUUUUUGUUUUUUUGCUGUAAUUAAUUUGAUUCACAUUUCCUUGUGUGUGUUUGUAUAUUUCUGUUUUUGUGAAGUGCAAUUGUCCUGUACAAACAGCCUGUAUUUAAUGCAGCUUGAUUUUAAGUUAAAAAAAUGAAAGAAAUGAAAAAGAGAACCUUUUAUGCACUAUCUGCCUUUUCCUGCUCUUCUGGAAUUGUAACAAAUGUCUAUUGAGUGAAUAUUUCUGCUUGUCCUCCAGGCACAAUGUCUCUGUGCUUUUACUUUUCUUUUCUCAGUCUCUUCUCCUUUAAGAAACGGGUAAAUUGUAUAGUUGACAGCACAGUAAGCUCUCUAUAUCAAACCAUUUUAAUCCUAAGUAUUUUUCCCUGUGCUUUUUUUUUAUUGUAUUUUAUUUUUGUAAGUGGUUUUCUGUACAUGCUCAAAUAAUGGCAAAAAUGUUUCUCAGUCAUUUUGGAAGUGUGAAGUGAAAAUUAAGAUUUUUUUUUUUCAUUUCUUCAAGGCAUCUGACAAAAAAAGAAAAGACCCCUGUUAACACAUUUGUCUGUGCGAAUAGAUACUUACAAGUGUGCGCGGGUGCUUGUGUGUAUGUAUGUGCACAUGUGUGUUAGGCAGUUAUGUAUGUGCAACUCUAAUUUAAAUUUUGCAAAGGUGGUUCAGACAUCAGAUCAGGCUGGAGUUUAAGGGAAUUGCUCUCCCAAUGCUUACCCAUUUUCUGUGUUCCAUAUCAGUCCAACAUAGGCUUUCACUACUUAUUCCAAAAAGCUUUGGAUAACAGAGUUUACAUGCUGUUACGCUAUUUGAACAACUUUAAGCUAUAUAUCAGAGCUAUACUGUAAGCUGAGAUGACACAAGUAGUUCAAUUUACCCAUGGUGUGCAAUGGUUUGCAGCUAGUCAGGUUUUGAUUAAACACAUUUUUUUGUGUCAUAUUUGAAUAUCAGUUUCUAAAAAUACAUUGUUACUAGUGCCCGCUGUGGGUGCCAUAUGAUUUCUAAUCAUUCAGCUUUAUGACAGCCUAUGCCAAGUUUUUUUUCUUGUUUUUUCUCCUCAUGAGAUUCAUUUUUUGUAUGUGGUACAGAUAGAUUUUUAGCUUCUGCCUUUUAACAUCUGCUAAUUUGACUGAUGUGAACAGUUUAAGCACUGACUAUUUUAGAGAAAAUUACCUAUUAUCAGUCUGAGGACAGGAGAAACUGUUGACUCUAAAACUAAUGAGGCUUAUUUUUUCACGUGAUCUUUAUUUGGAUAUACAAACCUAGAACACAUCUUAACUGCGGUGAGUUCUCAUGGAUGGGUAACACCUUUUUAUUCCCAUCAGGUUUGCUCUGCUUAAAACUCUCCCCCACAGCACCACAAUACAUACGAUACAGUUUGCUGCUAUAAUGUAUGAUCUGUGGGUUGAUUUUUUUUUGUUGUUUUUUGUUAAUUUACCCCUCUGAAAAGAUGAAUAGUCACUGACUAAAUCCCUAUUUAACUCACACAGUAGAUUCAGUGUAUUUCUUGAAGAGAAAUGGUUUUAAUUCAGAUUUGUUUUCUGCCAUUUUUUUGUUUGUUUAAAAUUGCAUUGUUUGAAAUUUAUGUAUGUAUAUAUAUUUGACUUUCAAGGAAUAAAUCAUGUCACUUGAGUUAGUUUUUUUUUGGUUUGUUUUGUUUGUUUUUUUUGUUGUUUUGUUCUUUUUUGGGUUUUUUUUUUGUUUGUUUUUUGCCAUGAUAAAAAUGUGAUUCUGGUUUGUCAUGGGAUGGUUAGUUGAAUUUAUAUAUUUUGGCUUCCCUUUAAUCACUUUGGUGUCCCUCUGAUUAACACUGAACGUUUUAAACUGUUUCAUUUAUACAAUACGUAAUAAUGUACUAAAUUCAUAAUUUAUCAAAAUGACAAUCCUAAUGAUUUCACUGCAUUUGGUUUUGGGGUGGGUAGCAAAUUAUUAAAUCAUUAACAAAACACAGACUUCAAUCCUAAAUUAGCUGCUUUCUAAUAUACUUUAGGGGCGAAAAGGCCAAAGACCACUCAAAGUCUCUAAUUGCGAAGUUUUUAUCGUGAGAAAUAACAAUACGAAAAAGAACCUAGUUGUAAUCCUGUAAAAGCUAAAAUGUUAAAUGAGUAGAGAGUGAUGUUUAUGAGAUUUGGAGUUUGCAGCAUUGGAUAACUUUUUAAAGGUACUCUGUGGAGUUUUUGACCACUGGUGGCACUGUAGAGAAAUCGAAUUUCCCCUUUGGGGAUCAAUAAAGGAUUACCUUAUCUAAAUGUCUGGAGGUCUCGUCCUUCCGCUGCUAGCAUGAACACAAGGAUGAACAUACAGGGCAAACGCCCAGACUGAACUGAAAUGCGCUUCUGCUGACUGCAGGAAGCAGUAAUGUGUAUAUCAGUAGUUGUGUCAUUGUAACGUGGCGUGAAAGUGUUAAUGAACUAGUAAAAGACAACAAGACUGAUGUAAAAAAGAGCAGGCCUAUAUGACGUACAGAGUGGCACUGAACAUGUAUGUUAGAUCUUAAGGAAACGCAAAUCACAUUUUGAUAAGAAAGGUUUGAAUUUAGCUAACUGUGUUUACAGUGGAAACUCCACGAAGUACCUUUAAGGAGUCAGUCAGCACAGAAAUGGCACAAAUAAUAACAUAUCACAAUUGAGUAGACUUCCUGUCCUGACUAAAGACUGUAAACAUGUCAAAUAGGGAAAUUGAGUUUGCUCUGUGUUUACUUGCAUGAAAGUGUGUGUAUUUCUUCCUAUAAAAAAAAUAACAAAAUUGCAACAAAUACCUGAACAGUAGAAAUGAUCAUUUAAUUGAUGUCAUUUUGGUUUAAACUUAAAGUAGUGCAUCUCUACCACAUUACGUACCAACACUUGUAUACCUAAUAAUGAAAAGUCAUCAAGUCAGUUUGUUCACUGUUGAGAAAAAAAAUAUUAUUGUGGAUGUGAAAAUUCCCUUUUUCCUUUUUUUUUUUUCAGGGAAGCAGUUUAUAUUUCAGCUUUAAGCUGUUUUAUUUUGCGCUGCAUUCCUUGUGUUAGUUCACAGAGUGCACUAAGUAUCUCCCUUAUCAAAUAGGCUUCAGCACCCAGCAUCUUGUUGCAAACCUGGCAGGUGUUGCAACAUUUCACGCAGUUUUUCUAAAGGCUUAUAAAGGAGCAAGCAAAAUGUUGCAUUUUGAGGCUAUCUGUGCGCCCACUCUUCUGUCUUGUGUUGCCCCAGAAAUUUUAGCAAUUCAGGAAGUGACCCUUAAAUGAUGCUGGUUAAUUAUCCAUUUCUGUAACUUAUUCCACAGAUUGAAACAUGUAGAAAUUGUCUUUAUAAUGCUGAAAAUAGCUGUAGCUGGAAUGUGAACAGAUAUUAACAGUGGCUUGGCUGCAAUUUGUCACAUCUGGGUGUGUUAUCUAUAUUAUGUAAAAUUUGUCCUUCCUCCCUGUUACUCCCUAUCCCCCAGUUAAAAAAAAAAAGAAGAAAAAAAAAAGCCCAGCAUCUAUUCUCCUGGUUUUAAUUUUUCAUGAGCAGAAAUACCUCAUUUAUAGGAAGUGUUUUUGACGUGUUAUGUUGAUCCAAACUGUUCAGAAAGCAGUUUUCUUGUGGCUCUUCCCCUAGAAUUUCUGAUUUAAACACUGAUCCAUUUGAGCGGGAUAAGCCUGUCCUCAUGUACAGCAUUUGAUUGAAUUGUGCUGAUGUUAAGAAAACAAGCAAUGAUUUAAGUGGCUAUGGCAAAUGACAACUUCUUGUAAUAACUAGGAACACUAUCGACCUUGUGGUAUAAGCCCCCCCCAUAACAAUGCUCACCUCUGUAACUUCACCAACUUCUUGUGUGAUGCUCACUUAGCUCAGAUCUAGAAUUGUAUCAAGUUCAGGGUUUUAGAAAUGUGAGAUGUGUGACUAAAUGACAAGUCAUAUGCACUGAUCAUCUGUAUAAUCAGCUUUUUUUUUCCAGAAAAUUGUUAAUGUAGAAAAAAAAGAUUAUAAAGCUAUUUACAGAAUUACCUUUGGUUGCCUGGAAUGCAUCCUGUAUAUUCUUGUAAGGAGGACUACCUGGCAGAAGUUAAAGAGAUUUUAAAUGCUUGCGCCCUCUUGUACAUAUUGAUGUACCUUGGUUGUGGCGUUUACUGUGUGACCCAUAGCAGUGGUGGUUUGUUUGUCCCCUCACAGGGUGACCUGAGCCUCACUUUGCUGACCUUUUUUUGUUUGUUUUUCAGCUUAUAAAUAAGCUCACCGAUUUGCCUUACCCAAAUCUCCUAUUGCCCCCUAAAGUACCUGUUCAACAAAACACUAUGAGGAGGAGUGAUGCUGAUGACAUUACACUCUUACAGAUUUUCUUUCCCCUAUUUAGGGUACUUAAGCUAUCAACAAAGUGACUUUGUCCUGGUUGUCAGAAGGUACAACUUUUCAGCCGCCGCUGGUUUGUAUGCUAUGUUUUUUUUUCCAUGUUACCUUAUUGAAACUCGGUCUUGAAAGCUUAUUUAAUUUUUCACUGCAGAUGAUGUCAUACUUUUAACAAAUGCAAGUGUUUUAACAUGGUAACCUCGUAAGCAUUCAAAAUGUGCAUACAUACAUUCAUGUCUGCUAUAUUUAUGGUUACAUUCAAGAAUAGCUUUAGAGUGCUGUAGAUAAGUAUUGUCAAUGUUGAUUCAAAUGCUUCUCAGAGGCCUCUGUGAGUGAUUUUACAAAGUUCAAUAACUGUAUAUUUUGUAUUAUGUUCUAGCUCCAAAGGAAUGGCAGAAAAAAACAGAAAAAUGUUUAAAAAAGCUUUGUUCCCGGAACUCAGUUGUACUUUUUUGUGUUGUCGAUUGAACAAAUUGCAUUCCUUGCUUGUGAAUUGAUGCAUUUCUCUCCCUGCCCCUUCAAUUUUCUCCCCUUCUUUUCCCUCCUUCCUUUCAUUUUUUAGCCUUUGAAGUUUGAAUAAAAUUUCUAGUUUGCAGAAUGUAUUACUAAAUAAAUGGGUUGUCAUCUUGUACUUCUC